AUGACAGUCGCACUUGAACUUCCCAUGCCUGCCAACGGCGUCGCACUUAUCGAGCCUACCAACGGUGUGAAUGGCAUCGUGGUUCCAUAUGAGAAACCCGUCGCACUCCUUCCCGCCAUUCCGCCCCCUCGCUUGGUCGAUUCCGAGACUAUCGCUGUUCUUGCCAAGCGUUUCAACCUCGACAAUUUCGUCAAUAAGCAUGAGGUACACAAGCGUGAGCUCACCGAUCUCGACGUCGAAUCGGUCGACAUCCGCGACAACACAUUUGUCGAUACCAUGAUCAACCUCAAGGUCAAGAACAACCACCACUGGCGCAGAAUCAUGGACUCGCGCCAAUCCAUCGCUACUCACCUGCAGUUCGCCAUUGAAGAUAGCGACAAGCUUCUCCAAGAUCUCACUGAAGUUACUGAGAAGCUUGACGUCGCUGAGCAUGAGUGCGCCGUUGCUGUCCAGAAGUAUCAAAAUGCCGAGAAGCGCCGAUUGGAUCUCGAGAGUCAGCUCGAGAUUGCCAACUGCGAGCUGGGCCGUGCUCGCCUCCGAAUGAUCAAGCUGGCCAAGGACCGUGAUGAGGAGUCCGUCAAAGCCCAGGUUGCCCAGCACCAGGUGCACAUCCGAGAUGGCCAGAUUGUGCAUUUCAAGAAGGAUGCUCACCGGCUCCAGAGCCUGGUUCUGCGCUUGACCGCCGAGCAUGCCGCGGCGGUUGAGGCGGCCAGAGAAGCUCAAAAGGGUGAGAGCUUCGCUAAGCAGGAAGCCGAGGAGGCUCGUGGCAGGGAGGAGCAGUGGAAGAAGGAGAAGGAGAGAAUCGAGUCUCAAUAUCAACAGAUUGUUGCUUUGUAUUCCAAGCUCACCGAGGAAAACACAAAGCUCCAGGGCGACUUCACUGUGAACAAGGAGCUUCUUUUCGAAGCCGAGAAGCAGGUCUCUCACCUGUCCAAGGCUCUGAAGCAACUCGAAGAGCAAGUCAAGAGACUGGAGGAAGAACGACGCAAGUUUGAUGCUAUUCUCAAGCAAUCACUGGAUGACCGCCAAAAGGCCAUUGACCGCGAGCAGAAGGCAGUUCAAGAGCGUGCCGAUGCCGAGACUGAACGUGAUCGCGCUGUCGACAGUGAGAAGGAAUGGAUGCGCAGGUACUCCGAGGCUCUUACUAUCAUGGAAGAAACAAAGUCCUCGCUUGAGAAGGAAAUUCACGAGAAGGAAGACAUCAAGGUGGAGCGCGACCAUGCAGUGAACAGGGCUCAUGUUGCCUGUCACUACGCCCAGGAGAGUCUCGAAUGGGGCCAGGCUCUCAACCUCAUCAACCACCAACUCCUGGGUGAAUGGGAAACCAUGCAGAAGGACAAGAUCAGCGCAGUCGAAGCCAGACUUCUCGCCGAGCGACAGAGCGUCGUUGUUCUCGGUGAAUCCACCGGUGCUACCGAGAAGAUCAUCGGGCUCGAAGCCGAAUUGGCAUUGCUGCAGCAGGGCCAGAGAGCCGCUCUGGCCGACCGUGUUUCUCUUGAGACGCAAUUCACCGAGACCAAGGACAAGCUGCAGGCCCAACUUGAUGGCAAGACCGAGGAGCUCGCCGGCAUCCACAUUGCUCAGCUCGGAUGGGAGAAGGAGAAGGCAGCCUUGGCCAAGUCACUCGACAAUGAGGCAAGCGAGCUCGCCAAAGCCUCCGCCAAGAUCACUGAGCUGGAGGCACAGCACGCCAGCGCCGAAACCGUCCUGCAACAAGAAGUCCGCAAGCUAUCCGCCAGCAUCAAAGAACUUGAGGACAGCCGUGAAGCCCAGAUUGAGGAGGAGCUCAGCAAGCUCAAGGCCACCUUCAAGGAAACUGAGGAGUCGAUUCGGGCUGAGGCUGAGAAGAGAAUCACUGUUUCUGUCAAGAAGGGACUGGAGCGAGUGAAGCACGGCGUUGAAUUCGACAACGUCAUUAUUCAGGAUAUCUUCUAUGCAGGCCAGCGUCUUGAUGAGCACAAGCGCAGCGAUGUGUUCAACAAGAUCGGAUCGCACUGGGGCUCAUCUGAGGCUCUCCACGUUGAGCCAUUCUUCAACGAGAAGAAGAAGCUUCUUGUUGUUGUGUAUCGCACCAAGAAGGAUGACGAGUCUCGCAUCCUCACCAAUUCGGAUGGUAACCUCAAGUUCCCCAAGAACUGA